AUGGCAGUCCAAUCAGGCCUCGAGUAUAUGCGUUCGCGUACGGUAGUCGACUGCGAUACAAUGGACGAAGAGGUCGCCAAAACUCUGGGCCCAUUCCAGGAUUCCACUUCUAAUCAAGCCAUUGCCUUCGGGGAACUAUCCAAGCCAGCGAGAGGAGAGUUGAUUGCUGCGUCGCUGGCCGAUGCCAAAGCUCUUCACCCAAAGUACUCUUCAAUUUCCAUUGAAGAAUUGGCUGUUGAAAUUGCUAUGGUUCGCAUGGCCGUUGGAAUGGCCCAGCAUAUCCGUGGGCUCGUUCAUGUGCAGACCAACCCCUACUACUCAUACUCCACAGAGAAGACUGUGGUCAACGCACUUCGAAUUGUGCAAUUGUUCCAGCAUGUUCAGCCCGGGUUUGACGUAGCCCGUAUUUCAAUCAAGAUUCCAAGCACAUGGGAAGGAAUCAUGGCUUGUCGAACUCUCGAGCAAGCCGGCGUUCGUACCCUUGCAACAACCCUCUUCACAAUGGUCCAGGCUGUGCUAGCGGCUGAAGUUGGCUGCACUUAUAUUGCACCAUAUGUGAAUGAGUUGAAGGUUCACUUUGAUGCCGGAUUUGAGGACAAGGCAAAGCUCCUGCCACUGUGUGCAGCUAUUCAGAAAUACUACAAGUCAAUCAAUUCGCCAACUAAGGUUCUGCCUGCAAGCUUGACUUCAGUUGAGGAGAUCUUCUUCCUUGCAGGAGUGGAUCAUCUGACUAUUGCGCCGGCAUUGCUAGAGCAAUUGACUCAACCGUAUGCUGGCAAUAUCCAGUCUUUGUUCGACAUGGCGCCCACACUUCCUAUCCCUGCAAAGGGCGUGUCUUUCAUCAACGACCCGGGAAGCUUCCAGAUUACCUUUGCCCGAGACCAGGGUGGUGCUAGUCAAAGAAAACUGACUGAGGCUGUGAAUAUCUUCUGUGAUUGCCAAGACAAGCUUGAGCUACUGAUGAAGACUGCUGCUUGA